UGCGAUCACUGUGCGGUAGAAUAAAACUCAGCAUCAAAUAAGCUCUGUGGAUUACCGCACAUGUGGGAGACGGUCGUGGUCUUUUUGCUUUCAACCGGGCCGCCAACAUCAUCAUUAUUCAUCAUAUUUUGUAAGCACAUACUACUUGAAGGGAAACGUGAUGAAAGUAAGCGUCAUGAACACGCAAGCCAACACCGGUCCACCACAGUUGCUGCAGCAUGCAUAAACCUUGCAAACUUUUUUCCGAACUAUAUUCAUGGCAAUCUCGUAAAUGAAAUCGAUAGGGAAGACUUGGCGUGCAUGGACUCGAUCGCCAUGCCAACAAACGCCGCAGCUGGUAGGCCACGUACUGGAGCUCGAAAAGCUUCUGUCAUUCCAAAUUUCUUGGCAAGACGAUCAAACCAAAACAUCAUGUCGGCCAUCUGCAUGCUCGAGUAUAAUUUACCAUUUUAAGAACGAAAGGAGGUUACACGCUUGAUGCUUGCAGACUCAUUUGAAUGCUGUCAGAAGGGUCUAAUUAGCUUGACAGCCUAAAAACCAGGCUAUCCAUGACCCAGUAAAUGAUCUUUUUCAUCAUCGCUCAAUGUUUAUUUUCUCAUAUUGAC